AUGAAAGAGCUGACAUGCUGCUUAUUAAUCCUGGCUGUCUUUCGGGUAGCCCUUCUGCAUUCAUUUACUCAAACUCUCGUGGUAGCCAAUUUAUCCUUCUGUGGACUCAAUCAGCUAGAUUACUUUUUCUAUGAUGUAAAGCCCCUUCUGAAACUGGUCUGUACUGACAUCCAUACCACCAAUAUUUUAGUGGUUGCCAGUUCAGGGACAACUUCUUUAGCAACUUUCUUCAUCUUGGUGAUUUCUUAUGCUGUCAAGCUGUAUACCCUAAGAAUGAAUUCAGCUUUAGAUAGUUACAGAGCCCUUUCCACGUGCAGCUCCCACAUCGCUGUCGUGGUUAUAUUUUCUGUUCCUUGUAUUUUCACCUACACUCUUUCUCCCAAUACCAGCAGUGAGGAUCAAGUGUUUGUUGUCCUUCGUACUGUUGUUUCUCCCAUGCCGAAUCCAUUUAUCUACACCCUGAAAAAUCUGGAAACGAAGACUGCCAUAGGGAAAGGCUCUGACUCUCCUUUGUGGGUUCACCAUCCUAGACAGAAAUCAUGGGGCAGUAGAAACAACGUGACUGAAUUCAUCCUCCUGGGACUGUCUCAGAAGCCAGACAUGCAGAAAAUCCUAUUUGCGGUGUUUCUGUUUGUGUACCUUGUGACUGUGGGAGGGAAUAUGCUCAUCGUGACCACCAUCACCACCAGCCACAGCCUUCUGGGCUCUCCUAUGUAUUACUUCCUGGCCUUCCUCCUUUUAGACACCUGCUUCUCCUCGGUCAUUGCCCCCAAAAUGAUCCUAGACUCCCUCCAGGAGAGGAAAACCAUCUCCUAUGAAGGCUGCAUGAUCCAACUCUUUGCUGAACAUUUCUUUGCCGGAGUGGAGAUGAUUGUGCUCACGGUGAUGGCUUAUGACCACUACGUGGCCAUCUGUAAGCCCCUGCAGUAUGUGACCAUCAUGAGCCGGCAGACCUGUGGCCGGUUGGUGGGGCUGGCCUGGGCCGGGGGAUUUCUGCACUCGACGAUUCAGCUCCUCUUCAUGUCCCGGUUACCUUUCUGUGGCCCCAACGUGAUCGACCAUUUCAUAUGUGACUUGUAUCCCCUCUUAAAGCUUGCCUGCACCGAGACACGCAUCCCAGGACUUUUGGUCAUUGCCAACAGCGGGAUGAUUUGUAAUGUGACCUUUUCGCUGCUGAUCGUCUCCUACAGUGUCAUCUUAUGCUCCCUGAAGUCUCACAGAUCUAAAGGGAGGCGCAAAGCUCUCUCCACCUGUGGUGCCCAUAUUGCUGUUGUCAUCUGCUUCUUCGUCCCCUGUAUUUUUAUAUACACACGGCCACCGGCCACCUUCUCCUUCGAUAAAAUGGUGGUGCUAUUUUACACCAUUUUAACACCCCUGUUAAACCCCUUGAUCUACACUUUUAGAAAUAUGGAGGUCAAAGAUGAAAUUAAGAAGUUGUGGAGAAGAACAAUGGUUUUUGCUGAAAGGGAAAUGGGUUUGAAAUAA